GCAUUUCGGAUAACAUAGACGGAUAAGAAGCUCAAAGCUAGAGAGAGAGAGAGAGAGAGAGAGCAAAAGGCUUAUUCGAAAAUGGCGACCCUGCAAUUCACUGACUCCUCCAAGCCAGUGAUCUUGUUGAGGCCCUUCACCUCUAUCUUCUCCGAUUCUCGAAAUCGUCAUUGGCGAAAUGCUCAAGCCCCGGCUAGAUUCAUUCCCAAAGCUUCCCUGCAGCAAUCCUCGCUCAACCGGAGGUGCUUCAUUGCUGAGACUGCUGCGAUUUCGCUGUCUGUACCUUCAUUAAUCGGAUUUGAGCAAUUGGCCAGGUCCGAAGAAGCCCUGUCGGAGUGGGAAAGAGUUUACCUCCCUAUAGACCCCGGCGUUGUACUUCUUGACAUCGCAUUUGUGCCCGACGACUUGAAUCACGGAUUUCUUCUGGGGACCAGGCAGACCAUUUUGGAGACAAAAGAUGGUGGUAACACUUGGAUUCCCCGUUCAAUACCCUCAGCAGAAGAAGAGGAUUUUAACUAUAGAUUUAAUUCAAUCAGCUUCAAAGGGAAGGAAGGAUGGAUAGUGGGAAAACCAGCAAUCCUGUUGUACACUUCGAAUGCGGGAGAGAGCUGGGAAAGGAUACCACUUAGUGCUCAACUUCCUGGAGAUAUGGUAUACAUAAAGGCAACUGGCGAGAGGAGUGCAGAGAUGGUAACCGAUGAAGGGGCAAUUUAUAUUACGUCAAACAGGGGUUAUAACUGGAGAGCUGCAGUUCAGGAAACUGUGUCAGCUACUCUUAAUAGAACAGUUUCUAGCGGCAUUAGUGGUGCAAGCUAUUAUACUGGAACUUUCAAUACUGUCAAUCGCUCACCAGAUGGAAGUUAUGUUGCAGUCUCAAGUCGUGGAAACUUCUACCUAACCUGGGAACCUGGCCAGGCAUUCUGGCAGCCACAUAAUAGAGCAGUUGCCAGAAGAAUACAGAACAUGGGAUGGAGAGCUGAUGGUGGUCUUUGGCUUCUGGUUCGUGGAGGGGGCCUUUACCUUAGCAAGGGCACUGGGAUAACCGAAGAAUUUGAGGAGAUUCCUGUUCAAAGCCGAGGUUUUGGCAUUCUUGAUGUGGGGUAUCGCUCAGCGGAGGAGGCUUGGGCAGCAGGAGGAAGUGGUGUUCUGUUGAGAACUACUAAUGGUGGCAAGUCAUGGACCCGUGACAAAGCAGCUGAUAACAUUGCUGCAAAUUUAUACUCAGUGAAGUUCAUUAAUGAUAAGAAGGGUUUUGUAUUGGGGAACGAUGGAGUCUUGCUUCGGUAUCUUGGAUAACUAAUUCAACAUGAAUACAUAUCCACUCUUAUCAUCCGUUGCUACGGAGAGAGUUCUGAACCGACAUCAAGUUGAUGCAGAUUCUGCCCAGAACUUUGAAGUAGACAAAAGAAACGCAAACUUCUGCUGUGUAGGGUGUCAGAUUAAUUCAAUUUCACACUGCAAUGGUUACUUUACUAUUAUUUUGGUAUGCAAUUCCAUGUCCCAUGUGUUGUACUGUGGAGAGAAUGCAUUAGUUGUGAAGCGAAGUCAAUGACUGACAGCGGUUAUUCCAAGUCAGCAUUAAAACUUGCAGGUGUUAUAUAUGCACGCGGUUUUGUUUGAAUAUUAGUUCGUAUGCACAUGGUUAUUCCAAGCCAACAGUAUUUUUCUCUUCCCAACA